AUGAGAGCCAAGCAUCUCAAAGGCCUAAACUCUCCCCUAUCCCCCUAUCCCCCCGCCCGCGCCCGCGCCCCGUUCCCUUUCCACCGUCCCGUCUCGUCUGCUCAUCAUCGGCCGGCCGCCAUGUCGUGCGACGGCGACGAGGAAGAGCGCCCCGUCGGCGGUGUUACCCCGACGCUGCCGCCUCCGGUGAAAGUGAAAAGCGAAUCCCCCGACGAGGUCGAUUUGAAGAUGGGGCCAUUCUAUGCCGACUCCGACGAGGUGAUUGUGAAGGUCGAGGCCCACGGUGAGGUCGAGGUCAAGAGGGAGCGAAUCCAUGCCGACCAUGGCGAGGUGAAGGUUGAAGCCGCCGGCGAGGUCGAGGUAAAGAGGGAGCCAACCGAUGCGGACUCCGACAAGGUGAAGCUUGAAUCUCCCGCCGUGGUCGAGGCCAAGAUCAAGAGGGAGCCAAUCGAUGCCGACAUCAAGCAUGGCUGGGUCAAGAAGGAGGAGCAACCCGACGAGAUCAAGGUCCCGGUCAAGGAGGAACAAGGCAAAACUGCGUCGCCGCGUCAUGUAAAGAAGGAGGAAGAGGAGGAGGACUCUAGUGAAGACGAGGUGGAGAUCAUUGACCCCCCGCCGAAAUCCAAGAAGAGAAACCGCGGAGAUGACGACGAUGUAGUCUUCAUCGAUCUCACGACGUCCCGCCCGGCGCCUUACCUGAACCCAAGGCCCAUCCGGGCAAUGCCGCCGCCGGGGGCCACGCCAUUGAGCGACUGGAAGAUGGUUGUGGCGCCGCAGCCGGCGGAGAUGGACGAGUACCCACCGGACCACCGCGAAUGGGUCUUCUUCACGAAGUCCUAUUCCACCGGGCUGUCGACUUGUCGCCGGAGGAAGUGGCUGGACGCCGGCGAGGUCGUCCACUUCGCCUUCCCUUCGCACGAAAGCAGGAUCAGGGUGCCGUACAGGCAGGCGGUGGCGCUGUCAGAGAUCGUGCGCUUCUCGACAAACCGAUCUGGAGAGAUCGGGAAGCUGUCUCCCGAGUGGGCGAGGUGCCUUGCCCCGCUGGUGAGUUCUUCCAAGGUUAUGAUCCAGGGGAAGAUGGUGUUUCCGAUGAUGGAGCUCAGGCUGAUGCAGGAGGUGUUGCUCUAUGUCAGCUUCUACAUCCACCGCUCGUCUUUGUACCUGAUUUCUCCUAAAAAUGAAUGCCAUCCAAACAAUCCCCUCCGUGGCCUCUUCAAGUUGCUUCGGCGAUUCGGUGUAGCUGAAGCCUGA